CUCGUUACUCAAGUACCAUGUAACAGAACAAAAAUAUUUGCCUUCUUGUCUUGCUGCAUGCUGCACUUAUGGCAUCUCAGCUUCACAAAACUUUGCUUUGUGCCACUUUGCUGCUGCUGCUGCUAUUGCUUCCCCGUGUUCCUCUUGUCAAAGCUUCACUCGGAUCCCAAGGGAGGGCGUUGCUCCACUGGAAAGCCACUCUUAGGAGUCCUCACUCCCUGAGAUCUUGGAACCUCAAUUCUAGUCCAUGCAAUUGGACCGGAAUUGCAUGCAAUUACUCCGUCACAGGUAGAGGGCAUUCCGCGAUCACCGAGAUACACCUGCCGAAGAUGGGCUUGGCAGGGUCACUUGAUGCUCUUGACUUCUUGACAUUGAGAUCGCUCCUUCGUCUCAAUCUCUCUUAUAAUCAGCUCGGUGGGGCAAUUCCUCCCGCCAUCUCGGCUCUCUUCAGGCUUGUAUCUCUUGAUCUCACUAGUAAUCAGUUCACAAGCAAAAUCCCAGUUGGGAUGGGCUCCAUGAAAGAGCUUCGAUUCUUGAGUCUUAGCCAAAAUCAAAUGGUCGGUGCUAUACCGCCAUCUCUGAGCAACCUCACCGACCUUGUAUUCUUGCACCUGGAAGAUAAUAAGCUUGUGGGUGUCAUUCCUAAGGAGUUAGGGAGGCUCCACGAGUUGAGGUAUCUAGAUAUUGGGGUCAAUAGGCUAUCUGGUUCAAUCCCUUCUAGUUUAGGAAAUUUGACAAGGCUCUACCACUUGGAUCUCUACCAAAAUCAAUUGACUGGAGUCAUCCCUGGAGAAUUGAAAAAUCUAAUUAAUCUCGUUUACCUAUCAAUUGCAGAUAAUUAUCUAACAGGUGGGAUUAUCUCUUCUUUUGGAAACCUAACCAAGUUGCAAUUAUUUUGGCUACGGAAAAAUAAGCUCUCGGGUUCUAUCCCUUUUGAGAUUGGAAAUCUCAUUCAGGUUACCGAUCUCGACUUUUCGAAAAACCUAUUAACCAGUUCAAUUCCUUUUUCUAUAGGAAACAUGACUAGAAUAGAAAGACUUGACCUUUCCGAUAAUCAAUUGUCUGGUUUUAUUCCUCUUGAGAUUGGAAAUUUAAUUGAAGUUACUAAUCUCUCACUCUUAAAAAACCUUUUAACCGGUCCCAUCCCUUCCUCUAUAGGAAACAUGACCAAACUAAAUAUUCUUUAUCUUCUGGAUAAUCAAUUGUCUGGUUUUAUUCCUUUUGAAAUUGGAAAUCUAAUUAAAGUUAUUGAUCUGGCACUAUUAGAAAACCUAUUAUCAGGUCCCAUCCCUUCCUCUAUAGGAAGCAUGACCGAUCUUAGAAAACUAGGUCUAUUCGACAAUCAGUUGUCUGGACCUUUGCCAAUGGAGAUCAACAAUAUUACUGGACUGACAUACCUAGUGCUGUCAAAUAAUAACUUCGUCGGUUAUUUACCCCCGGACAUAUGCAAUGGUGGAGCCCUACAAUACCUUAUUCUUAGCAUGAACAACUUUCAAGGUCCCAUUCCCAUGACCUUAAAAAAUUGUACGUCACUAGAAAGGGUCCGUCUUGAACACAACCAACUCACUGGAGAUGUAUCUCAAUGUCUUGGAGUGUAUCCCCAUCUUUAUUAUAUGGAUUUGAGCUUCAAUCAACUCUCCGGUACACUCUCACCAGACUGGGCAAGAUGGCACAAUCUGACGUUCUUCAGAAUCUCAAAUAACAACAUCACCGGAGUCAUACCCACCGAGUUUGGGCAGUUGACGAAACUGCGAGAGCUGGACCUCUCUUCCAACUACCUACAAGGAGAGAUCCCAAAGAGCUUCGGCAGCUUAACCCUUCUCUACAAUCUGAGUUUGGGCAACAAUCAACUCGUCGGCUGUGUGCCUCUGGAGAUUGGAAUGCUGUCCAAUCUUGAACUGCUUGAUCUCUCAUCCAACAACUUGGCAGGAAGAAUCCCAGAUCAAUUAGGCGACUGCACGAAACUCCGAUCGCUAAAGCUUAACAACAACAACUUCAGUGGAACCAUUCCAUUGGCCAUUGGUAAUCUGGUGUACCUCCAAGACACCUUUGACAUCAGCCAGAACUCACUAACAGGGGAGAUUUCAUCCCAACUCGGCAAGUUGGUGAUGCUGCAAAGCCUGAAUCUAUCGCAUAAUUCCUUCUCGGGUCAUCUUCCAUCUUCGCUAACGUAUAUGACGAGCUUGUCUACCGUAGAUGUAUCCUACAAUGAACUGGACGGCCCUGUUCCUGAUAGCCCAGCUUUCCGAAGAGCCCCGGCAGAGUGGUUUGCCCAUAACAAUGAUCUGUGUGGAGUUGUUCGAGGAUUGCCUCCGUGUGUUUCACUAGGUACUCCAACAAAAGAUGACCGAAGCAAGCGCCACAAAGUGGUUGUAAUAGCCAUCAUUGCUUCCGUCGUCUUCUUCCUUGUCUUGUUUAUUUUCAUUGCAGCUGCUUUACGAUUCCACAAGAGAAAGAGGCCGCCAGUACCUGUCGAUGAUAAUCACAUCAAAGAAGUUGCAUUCUCUAUAUUGAAUUUUGAUGGAAGAGAUGUAUACAAGGACAUCAUCGAAGCCACCGAAGAUUUCGAUGUCAAAUACUGUAUCGGAAGCGGUGCAUAUGGCGGAGUCUACAGAGCAGAGUUAGCAAGUGGGGAGCUGCUAGCGGUGAAGAAGAUUCACCUACCAGACACAGAAGGUACAUGCGACGAGCAACCCUUUCAAACUGAGAUACAAACUCUUACUCAAAUUCGACAUCGCAAUAUCGUCAAGCUUUACGGGUUCUGCUCCGCUCCUCGACACAAAUUUCUGGUGUUCGAAUACAUGGAGAGAGGAAGUCUGGGAUCUGUCCUCCGAAGCGAGACGGCAGCUGAAUUGGACUGGGUGAAGAGGGUGAGCAUCGUGAAGGAUGUCGCCUGUGCUUUAUCCUACAUGCAUCAUGACUGCACACCGCCCAUCGUUCAUCGGGACAUCACAAGCAACAACAUUCUACUUGAUUCAGAAUUCAAGGCUUGUGUUUCCGACUUUGGAAUUGCUCGACUGCUGAAGCCGGAUUCAUCGAAUUGGACCAUGCUUGCAGGCACACGGGGUUACCUAGCACCAGAGCUUGCAUAUACAAUGAGAGUGACCACCCAAUGCGACGCGUACAGUUUCGGAGUGGUGACGCUGGAGUUGCUGGUAGGAGAGUAUGGGGAAGUACUCAUUUCCAUUCUGUCGUCUUCGCCGAUCAAAGAUAGCUUUGUGAAAGACGUAUUGGACCGACGUCUACCUGUUCCUGAGGGUCAAGUUGCGGAUGAAGUGGUUACAGUUUUGAGCUUAGCUCUUCGUAGCGUGGACAACCACCCUGAAUCACGCCCGACAAUGAAACAGGUCUCCGAGAAGUUAUGCGUGGUCAGAACACCCCCACCAAGCCUCCGUUCUAUUGAUGCAUUGAAGUUUUCCGACUUGAUGAGCGUGGAGAUAUGAUCUAUAUGCACUCCUCUGUGCCCCGAUGCUUCUUUUGGUCAGGAUCGGUAGACUUUGUUUCCGUGUGGCUUGCUUUAUUAGUGGUUUCAUUCUGCAGCGUGUUUAAUAAAAGCAUCGUUUAGUAAUCUAUCUCUUUUCUGCA